AUGUCUUUCGCCCAAAAGAGAAAGCAGCACAAUGAGCAGCAGAUGUAAGCUAGGUGUAUUAUAUUUAUCGUAGAUAUUUGAAAUGAGGUUUAAGUUGUAACAACUCGUUUAAUUUACUCGGUCUCCUUCGCAUUCUGUAGGGCUGAGAGAAGGGCUUACUACGGAAACUGCCUUAAAGCAGAAUUAUGUCCCAAAAAGUUCCUUUCUUUGAUCAUCGACGGAAUGGACCAAUCCAAAACAAACUUACCACGCGCAAAUUGUCUUUCAAAUGUAUCAGCAAAUUAAAAAUCCUAUUUAAUUGAAUAGAAACUCUGUUUACAGUCAGAUCAUUUCUAAUUAUAUAAUAAGUUUCUUUCAAAUUAAUUCUCUAACGCAAAGAGAGGGCGUCAUUUUAAAAAUAGAGGUUAAAAUGGCGUAAGAAGAUUAUGCUCUCUUUUUAUAGGACGAAACAUACCACUUCCUACGAACUCAUGUCACUGGUGCCAUUUCUCACGGAAAUGGACGUGUCUUCAGUUUCAUCGACCUCAUGAGAUGGCCCCAUGACUCAAAUCUCACUUUAAAUGUGCUGCUGCGAAUAUUCAUAGAAAUUGCUGAGUUGAUUUUAUUUUUCUAAGCCUUUUGACGAUUUGUAGUUGUUUCAGCAUUCUAACGAGGAACAAUAACUUAAUCCACACUCUUAGCACUCUCAAUACUUAAGGUACGUCGCAUAUGUUUUAGGAAGGACAGCUGCCUCCCCCACCUACCGUGAGUGCAACAACAGAUAUAUUUUAGGUUUUUGCGCUCUUCUGGUUGAAAAAGAAAUAUUCAAGGAGGUAAGACAUUAUCAAACAACGAAUGCGGGGUCAGUUGAUUUUUUUUUUCAGGUUGAUUUACGGUUAUCAGGUUGUGUUGUUAAAACUCCCUAAUGAAUAAUUUUAUUACUAUUAAUUCGCUUUGAUAUUAAUAUUACUAUUUAUUUUAAUUAUAUCUUUGUAUAGGUUUAUUUGUCGUUCCUUAUGGUUGGUCACACACACGAGGAUGUAGAUCAGGUAUGUAUGCAUAGCAUUUGUGUCUAGAUCUCAAGUCCAGUCUCCCUCCUGCUAAGUCAGCCCAUGGCUGCAGCAUUCAGCAACAGCGGCGAUCAAGUGUUAUUUUAAAACUUAGCUCAUUCAUUUUUUGCCAGGGCCUAAAUUUUGUAAAAUGCAAGGAUUAUCAAAGGAGUGUCAGUACUCCAUGCUUACCAUUAAAGUGUUGAAAGUGUCAAAUGAAAAGAUUAUGUUGUUUCACAGUUUUUCAGCAGAAUUUCUAAGAGGCUAAGAAGAAUCGACAGUAUGACACUGCAAGAGUUGUUGGAAAACAUCAGACAAGCACACACACUGGAGGCCGAAACCCAAGUACUGGAUUUUCUUUUUGACAUCAAAAAAAUGGACUGA